AUGAUUUUCGCUAGUGCUCCGCCUCGCGACAAAGUCGCCGCAUCGGCUGCACGUCCACACGACCCAUCGUCGCCCGCCGUACGAGGUGCCGCUCCGUUGCUGCAUCUGAUUUUCAUAUCCUGCCCAAGUUUGUCGCUUGUUGUCGACAUCGCCACGGUCACAACCUCCGUCAUCGCCAUCGCCAUCGCCGUCAGCAUCAGCAUCAGCAUCAGCAACACCAACAGCAUCGCCGACAGCAUCGCCGACAGCAUCGUCGACAGCAUCAGCAUUGCCCUCGCCCUCGCCCUCUUCACCACCGGCGCCCUCGCCGUCGACAUCGACAUCGUCGUCGCCCCCCGACCCUCGGCCUGUCUGCAUGUCUCCCAACCUGGUCGCCUCGCCAUCCAUCGACCGCCGCGGCGGCGCCCGGAGGACCCUUGGGCCUCGAACCUGCCGAGGCCUGCCUGCUUCCGCCCGCCUCCUCCGCGCUCGCCCCCGUCUUCCGUCUCGACCUCGGUUGACGACGCCGUCGUGCGUCGGACGGAAGAGAUGGCUUGGUCCCACCUCGACAUCACCAAGCCGCACUUGGUCUACAUCAUCCUCGGCGGCUUCACCUCCCUCUUCAUGCUCUGCUCCUCCUUCAUCAAGGAGCGCAUGUACAUCGGCGAGGCCACCGUCGCCACCCUCUGCGGCGUCAUCUUCGGUCCCCACGCGGCCAACCUCAUCAACCCCAACGAGUGGGGCAACACCGACAUCGUGACCAUCGAGUUCUCCCGCAUCGUCCUCGUCGUCCAGUGCUUCGCCGUCGGCGUCGAGCUGCCCAAGUUCUACAUGGAGAGGCACUGGCGCUCCGUCGUCCUCCUCCUCGUCCCCGUCAUGAUCGCCGGCUGGCUCCUCACGAGCCUCUUCAUCUGGUGGAUGCUGCCGACCCUGGGCUGGCUCGAGGCCCUCGUCAUCGCCGCCUGCGUCACCGCCACCGAUCCCGUCCUCGCCUCCUCCGUCGUCGGCAAGGGCAAGUUCGCCAAGCGCGUGCCCAAGCACCUGCGGGACCUCCUCUCGGCCGAGUCGGGCUGCAACGACGGCAUGGCCUUUCCCUUCAUCUACCUCUCCCUCUACCUCAUCCAGUACCAGCAGGACGCCCGCGAGGUCACCUUCCACUUCGUCGUCUACGUCAUCCUCUACGAGUGCAUCUUCGGCGCCAUCUUCGGCUUCGCCAUCGGCUACAUCGCCCGCCACGGCAUCAAGUUCUCCGAGAAGCACGACCUCAUCGACCGCGAGAGCCUCCUCGUCUUCUACUUCGUCGUCGCCCUCUUCUGCGCCGGCUCCGGCAGCAUCCUCGGCGUCGACGACCUGCUCGUCGGCUUCGCCGCCGGCGUCGGCUUCUCCAACGACGGCUGGUUCGGCGAGAAGACGGAGGAGUCGCACGUCUCCAACGUCAUCGACCUGCUCCUCAACUUGACCUACUUCGUCUACUUCGGCACCAUCAUCCCCUGGGAGCAGUACAACAACGGCGUCUUCGGCAUGCAGGCCUGGCGUCUCGUCGUCAUCGCCGUCUUCGUCCUCCUCUUCCGCCGCAUACCCAUCAUGCUGGCCCUCAAGCCCUUCAUACCCGACAUCAAGAACUGGAGGGAGGCCCUCUUCGCCGGCCAUUUCGGUCCCAUCGGCGUCGGCGCCAUCUUCGUUUCCCUCCUCGCCCGCGCCGAGCUGGAGCACUCGGAGCCCGUGCCGCUCGCCGAGCUGCCGCCGCCCGGCGUCAAGCACUACCAGCUCAUCUACCUCGUCUGGCCCGUCGUCACCUUCCUCGUCAUCUCCUCCAUCCUCGUCCACGGCUCCUCCAUCGCCGUCUUCACCCUCGGCAAGCGCAUCAACACGCUGACGCUGACCAUGUCCUACACGGCCGCGCCCGAGGACGGACCGACGUGGAUGAACCGGCUGCCGCGCAUCUCCUCCCAGUCCCGGUCACAGGCCAAGACCAUGCCCGAGUCGUCCUUUGACGAGCGCAAGGAGCUGGAGUUCCCCAUGAACACCCUCCCGCCCCCGAGCAACUUCCUGCGCCGCCAGAGGGAGGAGGAUGGUGCCGGCCGAGCCGGCAGCCGGGCCUCGUCCUUGGCACCGAAGAAACGGAAGAGCAAGAAGUGGGAUGACGGGCUAGGACCCGGCGGUCCGGUGAGCCAAUCGGCCAUUUUCCCCAACCGACCGUCGCCGCCGGUCGGACAUUCGGAAAAGGAGGCCUCCUCGCCGUCGCAUGAGAAUACGGACUCGACGACGCUUCCCGGGGACGGCAGUCCCGAGGAUGGGCAUGCCGAGGCCCCGGCCGCUCUCGGCGAAGACAAGCCCCGGCUGCGGGAGGUGACGACGGCGGCGGCCCCGCACCGAGCCGUGCAGAUCGAAGCCUUCGACGAAGGCGACCACAUCAUCUUCGAGAACGAGGAUGGGGAUGUUCUGGACGCGCAGUCGAAUGCCGGCGAUGAACCGGGAAGGUACCUACCUAUCACGGAGGGGCAACCGAUGGAUUCCGGGAGCGAGCCCUUCACCUGGUCGUUUGACGGCCUUCGCCGUAAGGUGACCGACAUGUACACCUUGGAGCGUGAGAAACGAAAGGGCAAGGGUAAGGUGGAGCGAAGGCAGCCGGCUCGGGCCUACCAGUUUGGCAACAUGAUCAUUGUCGAGGACGAGGAUGGUGAGGUGGUCAAGACGUACGAGCUCCCGUCGCAGAAGAGCGAACACCAGGAGGGCAACGACCUGAUUGGGGCGAGCUUGAAAUACCUCGGCCUCGGCACCAAGCCUCAGCCGGCCGACCGCAACCCGGCCUCGACGGCGGAGGAGGGCCAGUCGGGCGGUGUUCCUCCGAGCAAGCAGCCUUUCCGAGCCGGCUGGACGUCAUUCGGCAGAAGCGGGGCCGACAAUUCUGCCGAGAGGAUGAGGAUCGCAGAGCAGCAAGAGGAGGACGACAGAAAGAUUCGCUUCACCAUCGGCGGCGUCGGCCAGCGCAUGACCAAAGCCGACUUCAUCAGGGAAGUCCAAAAACUGGACGCCAAGACGCGCAAGGAAGUGGUGGACCAAUCGACGGCCUCGAGCGACGUGAAGAAGCUGGCCAGCCAGAGUCGCACGCCCAUUCCGGCGAGGCCCGAACAAGGCAGCGGCAGCGAUGGCAGUAACGGGGAGAGCAGCAGCAACGGCGAGAGCAGCGGCAGCGGUCGCCACCGCAGAAGCUCCCUGCAACCACCGCCAGCGGCUUCCUCGUCCAAGGCUGCAGCGGCAAGGCAGGGUCGCUCGGCGGGCGAAUUGAGGGAGACGGCAGUGGAGCGCAGGCGCCGACUCGCCGCCCUCGCCAGCCGGGAAGACAAGGAUGAGGAGACGGGAGAGACACCGGCGGAGCGACGGAGGAGGCAGGCGGCCUUGGGAAUGGCCUCGACGGGAGCCGCCGACAGCGACAGCGAAGACGAGGGCACCGAGCGCGUGCCGCCGGCCAAGAGAGGCAUCAGACAUGCGAUGGAGGGCGGCACAGCGCAAGACUCGCCGCUGAGCAUCACGUCCAGCCUGCUCGGGAUCCUGACUUUCGUCGUCGCCAUAGCCGCGGCAAUCUACGCCAGGCUGACGUACCUGCGAAACAGCGACGACGAGUACUUUCGCAUCAAGACCUCGUUGUCGUGGUACAAGACCGAGUCGCAAUGGCUCGCCGAUCUCCUCGCGGCGCUCAACGCACGGAAUGACGACGGCGAGGUGGCGAUGCGCAGCCGCAGGGCCGAGCACCAGAUGUAUUCGUUCGUCAUGGACGACUUGUUGAACCUCGAGCAGCGUCUGCUGGACCUCGUGGCCGAGGUGGAAGCCAAGGCGGCCAUGAGAAAGCACGAAAAGGACAGCUUCACGCUGGUGCAUCGGAGUUGGCAGGGGAGACCGUCGGUGGCCAUGGGUUGGCUUUCGGUGCGGACCAAGGCGCUCGAGCUUGUUCGGCAGCGCGAGGCUCUCACAGCAAGGGUGCUGUUUCUCCAAAUGAGCAUAAUUUCCUCGCGGCUCGACGAUCUCGAGUGGAAGAGCAAGUGGGCGGAAUCGAUGGCGGAGGGGUGGAAGAUGAAUGGGAUCGACGGCCGAGGGGGAGGCGGAAGUCCGGGUGGCGGGAGCCAGGUGGACAGCGGCCGUGCGUCUGCGUCUUUGCUCAACGGAUUCGCAGGCCAUGAUGCGUGA